UUUUGUACCUGAAAUCCGAUAAAUAUGGCUCGACCCUGAAAUAAGAAAUGAAAUGCUCAUCGAGCUUUGAACUGAAGACUUAAAAUCAAUUCUUGGGACACUAUAAUGGGGAUUCUUCCGAUAAGUCAAGUCGGGAAUUUUUGCAAGCAACUGUAAAAAGAAUUCCUACUACAUAGUCCAAACGAUAAGGAACAUCCUAUCUCUUUUACUCUUGAUAAUCUUUCGACUUGUGCAAUAUAGUAUAUACUCUAGGAUAACCUACUUUGACUAGAAAUUUUGCAUGCUUAAAAACCUUUAUUUGCUACUUUUGACUGCGGCAUUUUUGCAGGUAAUUUUUGCCGCAACAUUAAAUAGAAGAAAAAACGAUGACGACUCUAGCAGUAGCGCCAGUAAUGCUCAGCUGGACGAAGAAAGUGAGGAAGUAAAAGUAGAGGGUGCUCUUUUAGUUGGUGCUUCUGGUGUCCUUGUACCCGAUGCAUCUGCCGACCAUCCUAUCAUCGUCUCCACCCUUCAUGAACAACCAUUAUGUAAACCAAACCAGACGAUCCAACCUUCUCGCUCCCUCAAAGUAAUGGAAGGUUAUGAAAUGAUGGUUCUGACAAAUAAAAUCAAAGAUCCCAAGAAGAUGGUUAUCGACCCUACCAAUCAUAUCCUCGUCAUUUCUCCAGAAGAGGGUCUAAUUUCUAUUCGUACCGACAAAUGUGGUAAUGCUGAUAUUAAGAACAUUUUACAAAAAGAUAAAUUGGAGGAACCGUUUGGCCAUGGGUUUGCUGUUUACAACGGAAAUUUAUUCGUGGCUACUACCAAUUCCAUCUAUAAAUUCCCUUACAGUGAUGGUCAACAUUCUGAAUUACAGGAAGGUAUCAAAAUUAUGACGAAUAUUAAUCCAGACGAUCCAUCGGCUCAGCCUGAUAUUGCUAUCGAUCCUUUUGGCUAUGCAUUCGUUCCUCGUGCGGUAAGUGAUCUUCAUGACAAAUCGGAUGCUUCUCAUGCUGUUAUCAAGAAGUUCAAUAUCAAAAUGAUUCCUGAAAAUGGAUUCGAUUUCGAAACUGAUGGUGAAAUCCAAGCAGUGGGUACUAAUACAUUUGGAUUAAUGGGCUUUGAUACGCAAGCAAGAUUAUGGGGUUUGAAUGGCAUCCCUCAAUCCACUAUUCAACGCGCUGAUAUUGCUGGCAAUCACAACCUUGCUACAUCUGGUUUGGCAGAAGAAUUAAACUUGUACGAAUUCCCUCAAUCAAAUUAUGGCUUCCCAUAUUGUAUGACUGAAUAUAAUUUAGAAGGCGUCUCUGCUGCUUCAAAAGGCUUGGGUGCACAAUGGGCUCAUCCAAUGUUUAUGAAUGAGUCUGUGGAAAUGGAUACCUUCUGUCAACAGUCUGUUAACAAUAUUGGACCCUCUGUUCCACUUUCCAGCAACUCGAUUGCUACCAGUGUAUUGUUUUAUAUGGGAGAAUUCUGCUCUGUCGGAGACGAAGAAACGCACGGUACAUCCGUAGGUCUUCCUUGUGCCUGGACUGAUUCGCCUAUUCUUGCUAAUCAUGGUCUUCCCGGCCAAUCAGCUGGUCACAGUGUAGUUCAUUACGUUUUUGAUGAUCUUGGACACAAGCCUCGGUGGGAUUUGGACCCUGAUGUCAUCUUAAAAGAAGAGAAACCAUGUACUGAAAGUACCUGCUUUUCACCUUACGGUUUAGCGGUAGAUAAGUAUGGUCGAUUAUUGAUCAGUAGCGACGAAACAAAUGAGAUUUUUGUUAUCUCACGUAUCUAUAACGAAAAGGCUGUUGAAUUAUUGACAAAGAAAGCAGAGGCCGAAAUAGCCGGAACUGACGAUGACUCUGGGGUGAGUAGCCAGAGCGAAGGUGGAGAAGACAGCUCAGAAGAAGAGUGAUAAUGCAGCUAGUUGAUAUUGUCAAAUAACAUGCUCGAAAUAAUACAGCAUGCCCCGGUUUACAAACGUAGAUUUCUGAUAGAAUAAACAAUUAGAGCUUAUUGAAUGACUAAAAUGCUUUUUUGUGGAUCGCAUUAUGUUUCUUCCCUUUUUUCUGUCAUUCGCACACAGUUAUAGGAUGUUAGCAAUUUUGUGUAAUGUUCC